AUGGACACUGCGGAAGGACGCAGUGUUACAGAGUCUUCCGAACAACAGAUCAAGAACAUACAAUCACGGCACGAAGACACGCCUCCAGUUUCACAAGUCCCCGAGGUUCAAAAUCCAGUCGAGGCUUCCUCAUCAGUUCCGGCUGAAGGAAAGACCGGCAAAACAGCAAAAAAACCCUUCUUCAAACGAACCUGGAGCAAGGCCACAGAACGAUUAUUCCGAAGAAAUACAGGGAAUGAGGCAAGACGCUUCUUUAUUCAUAAUGUACGACAACUACCUCCUGCCCACCAGCGCGGACCGUCAGAUCCGUCAGGUUUUGUAAAUUUGGGGAGGCAAGAUCCCAGGGCUCGCGAUCCAAAAGUGAAACACCCUGAUUCAGGCCCGGAUCAUUGUGUCAUGUGCAACAAGCAACUCCAUGACUCUACCAGCGAUUACCACAGCUGGAAACGCUGUGAGACUCGAGUAUAUCUUCCUUGCGGUCAUCCAUUUGGCCACCGUUGCUUGCACAGUUACCUAAGACAUCGUCUAGUUUCUCGAACUCCAGAGAGCGAUGCUAUCAUUGUUGGAGAGCCCCCGGCAAACAGAAGUCCUGAGGAAGCAAACAGGUACAGACGAGCCAUUGAUGCCCCUGAGAUUGCAAUCCUCCUGAGUCAGCGAGAGAAGAGUAACCUGCCCCCAGGACCAAGCACAGAGAUGAGAGAAGAUCGAAACCAGGCUGGAACAAAAAAGGAAAAGACAGUUGAAUUCCCUUCGGCAGUCGGGAACGUUGACGGCCAUGAUCAUAUCACUCCUGCCGAAGCUAGCACUUCGUGGAAGUUACCUGAAGUCGCUAAGCAACCUCCAUUCGACGUUCCUACACCAGGAGAGGCGGGCAGAUCUGCCACGGGAGCCGCAUCAAUUAAUGGCACCGCGGGAAGCAAGAACAAGACUAAUUCCACAGUCACCGAUGUCACUGUGCCUCAACCACCCGUGCAGAAGACUGCCUCGGAAUCAGAACCGGGCUUAAUCGACAAGAAGACCAAUGUUGGUCCUCGGGGAGAUAUGGCUGAGGAGGAACCCGAGAAACUAGUGACUCUCCCUGAUCCACCGAAGGAUGUUCCAAAGAAGUCGGCCAAAGAAACAGAGUCGAAGGCAGAGGGGAAAAGGAAAGUUGCUCAGCCAACAGCCUCAUGAUCACAUUCUAGCUUCUGUCUCGUGCGGAGGACUUGGCUAUGGGGGGUGGCAUGAAGGAUCAGGUUAUUUCUAUUUCACUUUCGAAGAAUGGCUGUAUCUUUCUUUGUUGGCUGUGUCCUUGAACCUGGGUGCGAUUUUGGAAUCUUUGAUGAAGAGCGAUAUAGUUUUAGCGAUAUGAUUUCUAAUGAUUGAGGUAGAUAGCGCUACAAGCGAUGAAUGAAUAUCAACCUGUUGCUUCAA